CGUGAGUAGGUGGGUCGCGCGUGGGAGGACGAUGGGACAGUCUGGGCUUCAGGGCGUCCACUUCCAGGCCUGGUAGAGCCGUGGAGAACGACCGUCAGCUCGGCCUCAGGGCCUGCACCAAGAUAGGAAGCAGUAGACACGGGGUAAAACAAGUUCAAAGCCUCUGAGACCAAUAAACGUGUCUUGUUUCAGAAACAGUGUGGCUGGAACCUCAAGGGAUAGGGAGAGUUCAGCAGUUACAUUGUUAGAGCUGUCUUUGCGCUGGAGGGACGUAACUGGCUGGGCGAAGCGGUGGAUAUACGGUAUGCAGGGAAGCCGAGUGGACUGAUGUGGUGACCUGCAGCGGAGCGGGUGGAUUUGGAAAUAGUCUCCAGGACUGUUUGACAGAUUGAAUGAUUCCGACUUUGUGGCCUUACUGGGAAGGGUGGUGUCGCUGGCUGGCCUCCAGAGAAGCACAUGAAGCAAAGGUGUGUUGCCAGGCUAACGCUGUCUCCAUUUCUCUUGACUGGUGGCUGAAUCUGCAGAGGCAUGAGCUGGGUCCAGGCCAGACUGCUGGCCCGAGGCCUCUCUAGGGGCUGGGGAGGUAUCUGCAGGACUGGCCUCUCAGAAGCUCCUGUUGCUCAGGUGUCCCUCCGGGCCCCACGAGGCCUCCACUGCAGUGCAGUUACACACAAGGAUGACACAUGGUUGAUUCCUCGACCUCCCGAGCCCCAGAGGAAGCCCAACAAGGUCCCAGUUGUCCAUGAAGAACUGUUCGGGUCAUCGGCAAACGGGGAACGAGACAAGAAAAGCUUCAUUCGUGCCGUGCGCAGCUUUGGGGAGCACAGUGUGCGCAAGCGUGGCCACGUGGACUUCAUCUACCUAGCGCUGCGCAAGAUGCCAGAGUUCGGCGUGGAGCGGGACCUGUCAGUGUACAACCUGCUGCUGGAUGUCUUCCCCAAGGAGGUCUUCAGGCCCCGCAAUGUUAUCCAACGCAUCUUCGUCCACUAUCCACGGCAGCAGGAGUGUGGGCUUGCUGUGCUGGAUCAGAUGGAAAGACACGGAGUCAUGCCUGACAGAGAGACAGAGUUCCUACUGAUUCAGAUAUUUGGACGCCACAGUUACCCCAUGCUCAAGUUCCUACGGAUGAAGCUGUGGCUCACCCGCUUCAAGAAUAUCAACCCCUACCCUGUGCCCCGAGAUCUGCCCCAGGACCCUUUGGACCUGGCUAAGCUAAGCCUGCGACACAUGGAGCCUGACCUCAGUGCCAAGGUCACUGUCUACCAGAUGUCUUUGCCCAGUGACUCUACAGGCAUAGAUCCCAUCCAGCCCCACAUUGUAGGAAUCCAGAGUCCUGAUCAGCAAGCUGCCCUGGCCCGCCACAACCCAUCCAAGCCUGUUUUUGUCGAGGGCCCCUUCCCUCUCUGGCUGCGCAAUAAAUGUGUCUAUUAUCACAUCCUGAGAGCUGAUCUGCCAUCCCCUGAGGAAGAGAAAGUAGAGGAGAUCCCAGAAGAAUGGAAUCUCUACUACCCAAUGAAGCUGGACCUGGAAUAUUCUAGGAGCGGUUGGGACAACUAUGAGUUUGACGUGGACAAAGUGACAGAAGGCCCCGUCUUCGCCAUGUGCAUGGCUGGUGCCCAUGACCAGGCAACACUGGUCAAGUGGAUCCAGGGCUUGCAGGAGAACAACCCAACCCUGGCACAGGUCCCUGUGAUAUUUCGCCUGGCCAGGUCCACGGGGGAGCUGCUGACAAUCUCGAGGCAGGAGGAACAGUCCCCUCCCCACAGCCCUCCCAAGGGCCAGGAGGAAGAUGAGGCCUUUCAGGCACAGCAGCAGCAGGGUCAGAGUUGAGUCUGAGCUGUAACGAGGCAAAGAGAGACCGGACUGAUACAAAAUAAUAUGGACAAAAUAAAAUCUUCUUCCCUGGCCUUGCGGCUU